AUGCGUUCUUCUUGGCUUUCGACCGCUUCGGCAGCCUUCGUGUGCGCUGCGGCGCUCGCCAACUCGGCCAAGCUCCCUGCUCCUCUUGAGCAGAUUCACUACGACCAGGCUGGCAACCUCGUCUGGAACGAAGACGCUCAAGUCUCCAGCGCCGUCCCUUCUUUGGGCCGACCUGACUUCUCCGGCCUCAAGCUCAACGAUGUCGCCGCUGCUGCUGCUCCCGCCAAGCUUGAUGUCGAGGACGUCUUGUCCGAGUCCAUGAAGCACGCCGAGAGCAUCCUCACCUGGACCGAGCACGAGAUUGAGCGAAUCGAGCACAAGAUCGAAGACGCCAUCGCUGGUACAAAGCAGGGCGCCAACGACUGGAUCAACACCGGCAAGGUCAUUGUUGACGGCCUCGAGUUCGAGCGUCUCACCCACCCUUCCUUCCCCGACUACUCGCUUCGUCUCAACACCAAGUCCGAGUCCUUCUGUGACAAGGACGUUGUUCAGCACAGUGGCUACCUCGACAUCUCCGACUCCAAGCACCUCUGGUUCAUCUUCUUCGAGUCUCGAAGCAAGCCCAAGAGCGACCCCGUCGUUCUAUGGCUCAACGGUGGUCCCGGUUGCUCUUCGUCCACCGGUCUCCUCUUCGAGCUUGGCCCUUGCCGUGUCACUGAUGAGGGUCGUGCUGUUAAGAACAACCCUCACUCGUGGAACAACAAGGCCAACCUCCUCUUCCUCGACCAGCCCGUCGAUGUCGGAUAUUCGUACUCGGACAACGACCAGGUCAACAACUCGCCUGCUGCUGCUGAAGAUGUCUACGUCUUCCUCCAACUCUUCUUCACCAAGUUCCCCGAGUACUCCAAGCUCCCCUUCACUGCUUCCGGAGAGUCGUACGCCGGUACCUACCUUCCCAACAUUGCCUCGACCAUCUACAAGAAGAACAAGAACCUCGCCCUUGCCCGUUACAGCGACCCUGAGCUUGCCCCCAAGCACAUCAACCUUGACACCGUCAUGAUUGGCAACGGUCUCAGCUCGCCCCAGCACCAGUUCCCCUCCGUCCCUGAGUACGCUUGCGGUGCCGACAACAAGUAUGCCCUCUUUAAGCCUAACAGCCCUACCUGCUCCUCCCUUAAGCAGCAGGCUGCUACCUGCAAGUCGCUCAUCGAGUCAUGCCAGAAGUAUAACUCACGUCUCACCUGCACUCCUGCCGCCCUUUACUGCUGGAGCCGUCUCUACGGUCCUGCUCAGGAGACUGGUAAGAACCUCUACGAUGUUCGCAAGAACUGUGACCGUGAGAAGGACGGCCCUCUCUGCUACAAGGACAUGGAGUACAUCGAGACUCUUCUCAACACCCCUAGCAUUAAGAAGAACCUCGGUGUUCCCGAGUCUGUCACCUUCCAGUCGUGCAACAUGAACAUCAACCAGGCCUUCUUGCUCCAGGGUGACUCGAUGCACGACUCGGCUGCUCUCCUUCCCGAGCUCAUCGAGGACAACAUCCGAGUCCUUAUCUACGCCGGUGAGGCUGACUUCAUGUGCAACUACAUGGGUAACCUCGAGUGGAUGCAGAACCUCCAGACCAGCUACCUCGACGACUUCAACAACGGUACUGCCAAGACAUGGAAGGUCAACGGCAAGAAGGCAGGAGAAGUACGCAAAGGUGGUCACGGAGCCGGUAAUGUAGCCUUCGUGAGGGUCGCGGAAGCUGGCCACAUGGUCCCCUACGAUCAGCCAGAGGCUGCUUCCGACAUGAUCAACCGAUGGCUCGCAAACAAGCCUCUUGCUUGA